ACAGUCAUUUGACAUUUGCUAAACUAUUCGUGCACGAAAGUACAAAAUCAAUAUUUGUUGUUUGUUGUUAAAUUGAAAUAAUUCAAAAUUAGGCUACUAUUUCAUUCCAACAGAAUGUCAGAAUUGAAAAGAAGAAACAAAAAUAAAGACUCUGGCGAAAAACCAAGCGAUGAAGUCAAAGAUCCCGAUAAGAAACAGGCCGGUGCUGCAGGAUCAUCAACGAACCAGAGCAUUCCAUUGAGAGUUAUCUCUCGUAUUGUGGUCAUAACAUCACUUCUCGUCGUCGUAUACUUUUCAUCUAAAGACGAUAAAGUUAAGACAUUUGCUAAACAAUCAGAGCUCCUCCCAGGUGUAGGUCGAGUCGUGGAGUGUUCUCCAGAUUAUUUGAAAGAAAUAGACAAUUUCGAGGGUUGCUACCCGAAAGAAUGCAAGAGAUAUGUGAGCGAUAAAGUUAUAUCUGUUCGAGAAGCCGACGACUUGCUGGCCAUCGCCAAAAAAGGAUUCAAACUUGGGGGUUCUUCUGGCGGAGCUUCUAUUUUAGACUUGCAUAGUGGGGCAUUAUCUAAAGGACAAAACUUUGUUAAUAUUUUCAAAUUGGACGAUGCUAAAGAUCUAUUUACUGAAAAUGACUUCAAUACAUUUAGGGUAAUCAAGGAAAAAAUCAAGUACUCUGUAGCACACCAUUUUGGAGUGGAUCCUAGCAAAAUAUAUCUGACAUCUCCAACAUUUUUCUCUGAAAUGACUCCAAAGAAGGCUGUCACUAUUCAUGAUGAGUACUGGCAUCCACAUGUUGACAAGGAAACCUAUAAGUCUUUCCACUACACAACACUGCUUUAUCUCACAGACUAUGGCAUAGAUUUUAAAGGAGGUCGGUUCGUGUUCAUAGACGAUAAGUAUAAUAGCACGGUGGAACCUCGGAAAGCUAGAGUCAGCAUGUUCACUAGUGGUCGAGAAAACUUACAUUAUGUUGAAAAAGUGUCCGCUGGUGUGAGAUAUGCCAUGACUGUCGCCUUUUCCUGUGAUAAAAAAUUUGAAAUUCCUGAUUUAACCAAAUAAAUUGAACAAUGAA